AUGAUCCGCACCAUUAAUGAUCUACUUAUUCUCACCCAGGAGCCCGCCUCCGCUCCCCUCGAGAAAGAAGCGCUCGCUAACCUUCAAGUACUUACCCAGUUCCGCGAGCAGCUACGACAGCGGCUCGAAGAGGUGCCAGAGAGGCUCGGCUCCUCCCAGAUCUCCAGUCAUAUGCUGCGCGUGGCAUACGAGAUGCCGUCACCUCAACUAGGUGGUGUUUAG